GUGUGGGGGCCAGGGGGGAGCUCCUUGUUCUGAGCCUGUUGGGGUCAUGCUCCCAGAUCAUUUCCUGGCCCGUCUGGGACCCAGGGGCUGAGCCCGAAGCAGAGAAUCCGGCGGAAGUCAGGGGAGUCCCACGAGGGCCAUUCCUCAUUUCUUCUCCGCCCUGACGCGGGCUCCAGCCGAUGAAGCAGAAACUGACAUAAACAAGAAUUGCAGAAGUUUUAUCUUUCCUUCGUUUCCUCGUUCCAUGGUCGAGCGUCCUCGGAGGCAGGGCCGGGGCAUCGGGCCAGGAGCUCAGGGCAGGGUUUCUUCUCCACAGCCUCUUUGCAAGGAAACGGCUCUUGGGGUUCCCUGAAGUUUUGCCUCGAAGGCUGCGAGUCCUCCCGUGCCGGGGCAGGUCCUGCCUUUCUCCCAGCCCAGAGCUCGCUACGCCGCCCGGAGGCCCUGGGCCGGAUUCGCGAACUCGGGGGGGAUUCUCCGGCCAGGGCUGGCCCUGGGUCUCUGUGUGCGAGGAAGAGCCGCUCCCCGCCCGCAGAGAUGCUGUGGCUGGCUUGCUGGUUAGCACUGCUGGGAAGCGUUGCCACAGGACCAGACGUGGCCCCUCAGGCGAGCGACAGCCCCCAGCUCUACCACCGGGCCGGCCAGGACGUCACCCUGGAGUGCAGGGCCCGCAUGCUCCCGGGGGCCGACCCGCGCCACCUGGGCGUGUACUGGCAUCUCCUGCGGGAGCCGGAGGGGUUCUCCGUGGUGCACAGCUACCACGCAGGGGCCGACCAGCUGGGAGACCAGGCCGAGGCGUUCAGGGGCCGGACGCGGCUCCUCCUGCAGGGGAUCCGCCAGGGGGUGCUGGCCCUGGCCCUGGCCGGCCUGCGCCCCUCGGACAGCGGCGUGUACCGGUGCUUCGUCAUGGAUGACCGGGAUGCUGAGAGCAUGGACAUCGUCCUCCGCGUGGCAGCCCCGUACGAGCCCCCUCAGCUCGCCGUGCUCUCCCGGGCUGGGGGAGAGGUGACCCUGCAGUGCCGCUCCGCGGGGGGUUACCCCGAGCCCGAGAUAACGUGGCACGACGGGGACGGGGCCCGGCUGAGCCAGGCCGAGCCGGCGGAGCUGCAGACGAGCAGCCAGGGAGCCUUCGAGGUGCGGAGCAAGCUGUCGCUGACGCCCCGCCCCGGGGGGUCCGUCUGCUGCUCCCUAAGCCAUGGGCCCCUGAAGCAGAACAUGAGCGUCUGCAGGACCCUGCCUGCCCCGGAACAGCGAGUCCCCGGCUGGGCGAUGGCUGUCGUGACGCUGGGGCUUGUGACCCUCCUGUGCGCGGUGCUGAUCCAUUGGGGGCUGCCGCUCAUCCCCCCCGAAGGUUUCACAUUGGAUGGCGAAGAGCGUGAGUCCCAGGACUAGCUCCCUGUCCGGACGGACUCCCCUGAAGUGGAAAUGGCCGAGCGCUAGGUCUGCACCCCCCCACCAUCCCAGCCGGCGGGGAGCGACGGGCUCAGACUGCAACGAGGAAGAACGGCGGUUUCUGGGUGGAGCGAUGUGACGAAGUGGGGGAUUUUCUUGGUCUGCAUGCAGAGGGGCUGGGACUCAGUUUCCCUGGGUGCUACGGGUUUAGCGAGGGGAGGGGAGCGGGAGUUUGUGGUCACAGAGGACCUGCGAGGGAACUUGGGACCCCGGCCAGUGGCCUGGAGAAUGGAGACCCCAGCGACGGGUGACCUGGGGACCCGGAGGCCCAUCCGGGUCUGGCCAGUGGGGGGACGAUGGGCUGCGAAGAGAGGACCCCGGUGACCUGACCAGCCGGUCCCAGCGGGGAAGCAGGGGCUGCUCGGGGCUCGAGGGAGGGGGCAGGCAGAGCCCCCCUGGAUGCAGGGGAGACUGGGAUGUGCCGGGCUGAGGGAGGCCAGGCCUGAGGCCCGGAGAGUUUCCUGGGCUGGGUUCAGACGCUCAAUAAACCUCCUGUGUUACGCUGGCUGAGAGUCGCUCCGGUCUAGGGAACAGGGGGCAUCAAUCCCUUCGGGGGGUGGAGGCCCCGGGGCCCAGAGAGAGGGGACUCCCUGAGGGGCCCACGGCAGAGACAGGCGGGCUAAGGCUCAGAGAGGUGUGGCUCCAGGAGGCGGAGGGGCUGGACCCCCGGGAGAAGGGCUCUCGCACUGAAGGGGGCUCCCCCCAGGGCCCGCACGGGGCCAAGAGUCCGUGACAGGCGGGACGGGAGCUCGCACCACGCGGAGCGGAAACGCUGGGCUGGCUGCAGAGAUACCUGCAAAGUAACCUGAGCUCCUGCCGGGUGGCAAUGCAGCGGGCGAGGGGGCGGCGAGGGGGGAGACGCCCGCGCCCACCAAGAGCUGGCUGCAUGGAGCCCUGGGAGGGGCGGGCGAUAGCCUGGGGGACCCUGAGCAAGCCCGGGGCAAGGACUGAACGAGCUGAACCCCUGUGGGGCCCGGAUUAUUACACGUGCGGUUCUGUCUGCAUCUCUGGAGACCUGUACGGCCCUUCUCCGCUAGGGCUGGGGGAUGCUAACGAACGCCUCCGUUCUCAGCCUUUGCAGCCCCCGGGGCGUCUCCUGGCCCCAGCCGGCUCCUCCAGAGACCCGCAGACAGAGAAAGGACCUGGGGAGUGAACCCCCGAGUUCAGGCCUCUCCUCCGGAUCCUGCAAAGAGCCGGUUCACCUGACCCAGGAGCAGCUGCCCGGAGCUGAGGCAGCCGGUUCACGCCAGCCAGGGCCGCGGCGUUGCACCGGCUCCGGGCACACCUGGCUCUGGUCGCUGGACCCACCCUCCGCCCUACAGCGGGGAAGCAGCGGCUCCCUCGCUGUCCCGGGGCCCACGGAAGGGGCGUUCGGGGAGCAGCCACAGCUGGGGGAAACCCACGGCCUCAGCCCCUCGCCCUCCCUGCAGCCAGGCCCUGUGGGUGCAAGGUUGGCGGCUCCCCCGCAGCUGGGCAGCUCCCAACCCCCUCCCUGCACAGGCUGCUCGUCCGGCCAAAGAGCCGGGCAAGGGUGCCACAGAGGGAUGCUGGGGGGGGCCCACGACUCCAGGGUCUCCCUUCGGCCCUCCCCGGGGGGCAGCCCAGACCCCGGGGCUGUC